AUGUCUCAGCUCGAAAUCAUUUUGGGGAUAAAAUACAUUUACUACCCUCUUCUGACGGCCGUGGGUGUCGCUGUUAACGUUGCAGCGAUUGUGGUCCUGUCCCGGGGAAAGUGCGCUCUCUCCAAGUGCAUCACUCGCUACCUAGUGGCCAUGGCGGCAGCGGAUCUGUUGGUCAUUAUCGUCGAUGUGCUGUUAAAUAAAAUUUUGGCGUCACAUUUCCCUCUGUCUUUCCUGCACAAUCCGAUCGUGUGUUCCCUCAGACGCACUCUCCUCCGCUCAGCGACAGACAAUUCGGUCUGGUCAACUGUCCUUUUCACCUUUGACCGGUUCGUCGCCAUUUGUUGUCCGGUGCUGAAGGUUCACUAUUGUACGGAGAAGACAGCGACUUUGGUGCUGUGGACAGUGGGUGUCCUCGGCUGUUUGAAUAACAUCCCAUGGUAUUUCACAUUUGAAUCUGAAUACACAAUCGACGGGGCUUCUUGGGGGUGUCAAACAAAGUCUAGCUUUUAUACCUCGCCUGCAUGGUCAGCGUUCGCUUGGUUUGAUGUCAUUUUAACCCCUUGCGUCCCAUUCUUUCUGAUUCUGCUGCUUAACGCCAUCACAGUCCGACACAUUUUAAUAGCCAGCAGAGUUCGUAAGGGGCUGCGGGGCGGCGGGGCCGGUGCCGAUGAGAAUGACCCGGAGAUGGAGAGCCGCCGAAAGUCCAUCAUUUUACUCCUCAGUAUCUCCGGCACCUUCAUCCUACUGUGGAUGCUGCACGUGCUUCUCUUUCUCUACAGCCGAAUCACGAACGACCACGAAUCCACGGGCAACGAGGACCCUUUGUUUAUCGCUCAGCAGACGGGGGCGAUGCUCCUGCUUCUGAGUUGUUGCACAAACACGUUUAUUUACGUCGCGACUCAAGCUAAAUUUAGGGAGGAGCUGAAGAACGGAACACAGUACCUCUUCAAAAUAUGCUUGCCAGUUACAGUUUUAAGAUUAUAGCAAACGCGGUGCAAUGCUGCUGGAUACGCCCGUCCAAAACUGGAUGUUUUAGUGUGUAGAGUCCGGCGUUAACUUGCGUUUCACUGGGCGGGAAAUCUCCUUAAAUUUUCUAAAGGUGACAGGUAAAAUUUAGAGCAGAAUAUGUUUACUUGUACCUGGUUUGGAGGAGCACCAAGAUCGUCCCUUGUAGCUUAGAAUUCCACAGCUGCACGCCCCGAAUAUAGGGCUUUCACCCAAGUUGGCAUACGAGUCUAUUUUAAUCUCAAUCAAGUUCUCUUCUAUUAUUGGCAUGCUUCCCAAAAGGCUCUAAUCACAGGACAUAAGAACAGUACAACAAAGGAACAGGCCUUUCAGUCCCCAAUAUCUGCACAGAACACGAUGUCAAAUUAAACUAAUCUACUUGGACUUCCCAUUAUCCCCAUCCCUACAUUUCCAUGCAGCGAAUUACAAAACAUCUUAACCAUCACUAUCGACUUUGUUUCCACCACCACCGCAGGCAGCUCAUUCCGGAAUCUCGUCAUUCUGGGUUAAAUAAAAAACUCUAUUAUCCCAUCGGAUGUCAAUAACAUCACCAAUAAUCUUCUAAACUCCAAAUAACUCAUGUCUCCAUCCCAGGAUAGCAAAGCUGGUCCUUAUCCACAACAACUUCUCCUUCAACUCCUCCCACUUCCUCCAAAUCCAAGCCGUAGCUAUGGGCAUCCGCGUGGGCCCCAGCUAUGCCUGCCUCAUUGCAGGGUAUAUGAAACAAUCACUGUUCCAGGCGUACGCUGCCCCUAUCCCCAGAACUCUCUACCUCCACUACAUUGACGACUGCAUCAGUCCUACCUCCUGCACCUAUGCAGAAUUCACUGACUUCAUCAACUUCACGGCUAAUUGCAUUCCUGCGCUCCAAUUCAUUUGGACCAUCUCCAACAUUUCCCUACCGUUUCUAGACAGACAAUAGACAAUGAACAAUAGAUCUCACCAUAUCCAUCACAGGAGACAAACUAUCGACUGACAUAUCUUACAAGCUUACUGACUCCGAUAGCUAUCUAGACUACAAUUCUUCACACUCUGCUUCCUGUAAAGACUAUCCCCUACUCUCAAUUUCUUCGCCUGCGCCGAGGAUGCUGUAUUCCAUACCAGGUCAUCGGAGAUAUUCUCAUUCUUUAGGGAAUGUGGAUUCUCCUCUUCCAUUAUAGAUUAGGUCCUCACUAAGGUCUCCUUGAUACCACGCAGCUCCGCUCUUGCUCCCUCUCCCCCAUUCAUAACAAAGCCAGAGUCCCUCUGAUUCUCACCACCCACCCCAUCACCCGUUGCUUACAGCACAUGAUCAUCCAAUAUUCCCGCCAGCUCCAACGGGAUCCCACUACUGGCCGCAUCUUCCCAUCUCCACCACCUUCUGAUUUUCGCAAGACUGUUCCCUCCACAACUCCGUAGAGAACUCGUCCCUUCCCACACAAACCGCCCCCUUCCCA